AUGGCGCACUCAAAGCGCAACACCUCCCUUCCCCAUUUCACUUCCUACGAGCGUGGCCUCCUCCGCGACAGCUGGGGCACAAAGCGCAGCGUAAUCGGCCGCGAUUCCUUCCUCCCAUUCGCAUCCUGCAAAUUAUGUCUCCAACCAGCCCGCACGCCCGUCGUAGGCUGUGCAACAAACGGUGACCUCUUUUGUCGCGAAUGUGCGAUCAAUGACCUACUCGCUCAACGACAGGAGAUCAAGCGUCUCGAGCGCGAACGCGAGGAUGCUAAGAAGCGGAUUGCGGAGGAUGAUAAGUUAGUGCUGGAAGAAGCCAAGAAGAAAGAAUUGGCCGAUUUUGAACUCGUUUCUAUGGGACUGGAAGCUGGUGCGAAGGGUGCGAAAGCGGGGACAAAGAGGAAGGCGGAGGAGAGUGAAGCUGUUGCGGCGUUUAAGGCGCGCGAGGUUGUUGUUGAUGGGAAGCGGAAGAAGAUUUUCGAGCUUGAUGAGGCCGAGAUGAAGAGGAUUUCGAGGGAGGAGCAGGAGAGAUUGAAGGAGGAGUUGAAGAAGGAGAAGUUCGAGUCGAGCAAGUCGGCGUUACCGUCUUUUUGGGUGCCAUCUUUGACACCGAAUACGGAUGCGGAUGAGAUUGCUGCUAACAAGACUGUGAAGUUGGCGCCCAUAUGUCCUGGGUCUUCGGAUACGAAUAGACAUACCUAUUCGCUUAAGAGUCUGGUUGAGGUCAAUUUUACAGAGGAAAAAGGCACCGAUGGAUCUACGUCCAGAGUGUGUCCCAGUUGCAAGAAAGCUCUUAGCAAUGGACUUAAAGCUAUGCUCACUAAACCGUGCGGUCAUGUCAUCUGUUCGCCUUGCGUUACGAAGUUUAUGACUCCACAGGAUACGCCUGACCCCCAUGCUUCCAAGGAAGAACAGGAAGCUCAUCGGAAGGUAUUAUGUUAUGUUUGCGAAACAGACAUUACGCCAGAUGCCACUAUAGAGAAAGCGGAUGGAAAGAAGAAAUCUAAGAAGAAGGAUAAGGAAGGUAUCAAGCCUGGUAUGGUGGAGAUCAGCUCUGAAGGAACGGGUUUCGCAGGCGGCGGCGGUAAUGUGGCUACGAAGAAGGGAGUGGCAUUCCAAUGUUGAAUGCUGCG